UUUGUAUAGAGUGCCUGAGUAAAUUCUCUAAGUAUUUCUAAUAAGUAACUGAUCAAAAAAGUAAUUGAUCCACUUUAACUCCAGUUUAGCCAUGGUUUUGGAUGUGACUGUAAUAUAACAUGUCUGUAGUCAGACACAGCUAAAUUUCCCACCGGAUUCAACAAAAUAAACAUGAGUCAGUUCCAGGAAGGGAAACACCCAGUUGCUGCUGUAGGUGGGACAUAUUUUUGAGCACAGGAAAUUGAACCUUACCUUGUUACACUGUCCUGGGGAGCUAUGGCUGCAGAGAAGCCCGUGGAAAGCCUCAAAGAUGAAGCUACUUGUUCCAUCUGUCUGGACUGUUUCGAAGAUCCAGUGUCUAUACUCUGUGGGCACAAUUUCUGCCGAGCCUGCAUCACCCGGUACUGGAGGGAGUCAGAUACAAACUUCUCCUGCCCUCAGUGCAGGAAAAUUGCUCAGCACAGAAACUUCAAGCCAAACAGGGUGCUGGCAAAUGUUGUGGAAAUAGCCAAACAGCUGAGUGUACAGGCAGCAAAAGAUUCAGGAGGCAAGAGAGAGUGUGAGAAACACCAGGAGGCUCUGAAACUGUUCUGUGAAGAGGAUCAAAAUCUAAUUUAUUCGAUCUGCAGAGACUCCUGGGAUCACAGAGCUCACACUGUGGUUCCCAUAGAAGAAGCAGCCCAAAAUUACAAGGUUCACAUUCAGAGACAACUGGAGUUUUUGAAGAAAGAGCGAGAUGAGAUUCUGGAUUUUAAAUGGAGUGGGGAAAUGAAAACCCAGAAACUGCUGAAACAGACAGAAACUCAGAGGCAGAAGAUUGUGUCUGAAUUUCAGCAAGUGUGCCAAUUAGUGGAGGAAAAACAGCUACUCCUGCUUGCCCAGAUGAAUGAGAUAAACAAGGACAUUUUAAAGAGGCAGAACAACUAUAUUGCCAAAAUCACAGAAGAAAUAUCCCGUCUUGACCACCUGAUCAGUGAGCUGGAGGGGAAGUGCCAGCAGCCAGCGAGUGCAUUCCUGCAGGACGUCAGAAGCACCUUGAGCAUGUACGAGGCUCCUUCUCACUCCCCCUCUUUCUCCAUGGUUCUGGAAGGGGCUUGGACACUAGGGGCCAGAUUUACAAAGGACAUCACAAGUGCCUGGAGUGAGUACAUGGCUCCUUCUCACUCCGCCUCCUUCUUGUUGACUCUGGAAGGGGUUUGGACAGCAGGGGCCAAAUUUGUAAAGGACAUCAGAAGCACCUUGAGCGGAGGCAGACAGAGGACAUUUGAGAAUCCAGUGAGUCUUUCUCCUGAAUUUAAAUGGGGCAGCUGGGAUUUCUCUGAAAAGACCAAAAUUCUGCACAACAUUCUGAAGAACUUCAAAGAGACUCUGGUGUCAGAAUGGAGGCUGGACAAAGAAAAUGUGACACUGGAUCCAGACACAGGAAAUCCCUGGCUCAUUGUGUCUGAGGAUCAGAAAAGCAUGAGAUGGCAGAAUCCAUACAACAAUUUCAGAAUAGAAGAUUUAUCGUUUCUCCCUGCCCUGGGCUGUGAGGCAUUCACCUCAGGCAGACAUUACUGGGAGGUGGCGUUGAAGGAGGGGGGGAAUGUGUGUCUAGGAGUCACCAGAGAGUCUGUGCAGAGAAUGGGAAAGGUCAACUUAAAGCCCAGAGUGGGGAUCUGGGCUAUGGAGCAGUUGAGGCCCUAUUACCGAGCUUAUACCUCCCCUAUUACCAACUUGUCCCUGAGUCAGAGCCCCAGAAAGAUUGGGGUCUAUCUGGACUAUGAAGCGGGGCAGGUGACAUUUUAUGAUGCUGAUACCAAGGCCCUGAUCUUCGCAUUCCCACCAGCCUCUUUCACUGGGCAAAGAAUUCACCCUUUCUUCUCUCUUUUUGGUGUAAACUCCCAGCUUAGACUGUGUCCCUGAGAUGUCCAGAGUUGGAGGGAGGAUAACAGAAUACCCCAUCAGCACCUAUGAAAUGAGCUUCUCUAAUCUCUGCCUUCUCUGAUCCUGAAGGAUUCCCAUGUUCCUACAGAGACAUCGAAACUGCAGACAGGCCAUGAAAGUCCAUACCAGUGCAACCCACUGAUCAGCACAUGUCACAUGCCCCCCUCUUGGUGUGAGUUGCAGAGGAUAUGACUGUUAUGGUGGCUGGCUGUAGAGGCUGGCUGCUUAGCUCAUGCUGCAGUGACUCAAGUUUCUCAGUUUAGAGAGUCCUGGUUCAAUGCCCAGUGUGCUGGCCAAGAUGGUGGCUAUUAUACCAAUAUUGCAGCAGGCCUCUCCUGUCUGUCUCUGGUGUUCAGUGGGACCAUGGCAGACUGCCAGAAAAUGAGGGGGAAACUUCUUGCAAAGCUAUAGGGGUAAUCCCCAGGGCUCAGGCACCUCAUCAAAAGGCCCGUCUUGCUCAGGGGAAGAAACCAACUCUCACUUUCCCUGGUAAAAUUGUUGAACCCAUUGUAACAGGCCCAGGUUCUCAAAGUUAUGUAGGUGCCUACCUACCAUUGAUUGUAGUGGGAGUUGGGUGCCUAAAUACCUUUGAGGAUCUGGGGCCUGGUGCUUUGUCUCUGAUUCUGGAGACUAAAAUACUCUGCUGCACAAACAGACUGAAACCAGACCCCAGAAUUGGGGCCAGCUUUAUUUUAGCUCCUAUUAGGCACCUAACUAAGAGGCCAGAUUUUCAAAAAUGUUUAGCCAGAAGUUUCCACCUCCCAGCAGGUCUCAUUGAGAACUAACUGGUUGCUUCAUUAGGUGCGGAAAUGGGAGAAGAGCUGUUUGGAAAAGCCAGCUCCAGCUGUGGUGGCUGAGGCCUGUGAAAUCUGGCCCUCUGUGACUCGUAUCUAGAGCAGGCUGAAACAUGUCAAAUGAAAAUGUUCUGGAAUGGUCAGGCCUCCCCGCUGCCAUGCUGGUGUUCAAUCUGUUCCAGGGCACACGCUGCACACUGCGUUCACGCAGACCUUACCUUUCUGCCUCCUUGUUUCACUGGGGUCUCAAAUAAAGUCAUUUUUUGACUGAAAAUACAGGGUUGCUUUUUAUGUGUGGAAAAAUCUAAAACCCACAAGGAGGGGUUUGUAAAACAACACUGAAUACUCAAAGAAAAUAUGGAGCUUUUCAUGUUGUGAGUGUGCGGUGCAGAGCCCUGGAGCAGGGCGGCUCACCGGCCUAGGAAGUGGCUAAGAAUGGGAGGGAUUCUUCUUGCAAGGUCUACACAAACUGGGAGGGUGAAGGAGACAACGCAGCUUACAUGAUGAUCUGCCCAGCAGAAAUGGAGGCAAGAAUUUCCAUCUGGCUAUGAACCAGGCUGAGAUCCCAGCACAUUCCAUAGGGGCUCCUGAGUAGCCGCCACAUGGACUUUCUGCCAUUGUCCACGUAGGAUAUUAACCUGAAAUAGAUACAAUGAAGUUUGUGAGUCUGUUAGGAAUUGGGUGGGGCUUGUACAUUGUUGAUUACAACACUGCUUGUUAAUACACCUAUUCAUUUGGCAGUUCCAUCUGUAUCUUUAUAAUUAUUGCACUUUGUUUGUCACUGAGUCCAUUGUUCUGUACAAUAACGAGUAGUGCUUGGCAUUCUGUUUCACAUGUUAUGAAAUAACAAAGACAACAUUAUUUUCUCAGACACAGAUUUUUAUUGUGUAUCAAAACCAGUGCAUAGAAGCUAUGUGCAAUUACAGAACAAAUGCAAUAAAAUACUUCUGAAAUAAAUUAAAGGAGAAUUAAACAAGG